UCUCUGGGUGGGAAGGUGACGGGAAAGGACAGAUGAAACAAUGGCUGCUUAUUUGACUCACCAGCAGAAAGUGCUUCGGCUUUACAAACGGGCUCUGCGACACUUGGAAUCCUGGUGCAUUUUCAGAGACAAGUAUCGUUUUUAUGCCUGCAUGCUACGAGCAAGGUUUGAUGAACAUAAAGAUGAAAAGGACAUGGUGAAGGCUACUAAGCUGCUGAAAGCUGGUGAGGAAGAAUUCUGGGCAACGCAGCAUUCUCAGCCCUACAUCUUCCCUGAUUCACCAGGAGGCACAUCUUACGAGAGAUACGAUUGCUACAAGACACCAGAAUUUUAUUUGGAUUAUUGGCAUCCAUCUGAAAAGGCAAUGUAUCCAGAUUAUUUUGCCAAGCGAGAACAAUGGAAGAAGCUGCGUCUCAUGAGUUGGGAGAAAGAGGUGAAGCAGCUGAAGCAGGAAGUGACUGAUAAUCCUAAGAGCGAGGUUCUUCCCCCUGCUCGUAAGGAGGGUGAUCUUCCUCCACUGUGGUGGAACAUUGUCACAAGACCCCGUGAACGCCCAACGUAGACACACAUCAGAUAUUCUGACCAGAAAUAAAAUCAUCCCAAUGGGGUCAUCAGGAGACUGUUUAUCAAGAAGUGGUGUCGACACCUUUUCAAAAUGUUUCUGAUGAUGAUAAUGAAUUUGAUGAAGUCUAAUAAAUAGCUGAAAUUAAA